AGUUAGGAAUAGAGAGCGUUGGGUAGGGUUUGAGCAUCAUAGAUUGGUGGCCAUGGAUUCUCUACUAGCAAACUACGCCUCUUCAGACGAAGAAGAAGACCAACAACCAAACCCACCCAAAACGACAUCGUUUUCCUCUCUUCCUCCGCCCAAAUCCUCGCUCUUUCAAUCUCUUCCUCCGCCCAAAUCAUCCCUCUUUCAAUCUCUUCCUCCACCCAACCAACCUUCCACCCAAACCGCUUCUCCUAACCCUAACUCUAAACCUAAACCCCAAAUCGAAGAACCGCAACCCAAACGCGUCGUGCAAUUCAGGCCUCCAAUCAUCCCUCUCCCAAACCCUACCCAACUCGACGACGACGACGACGACGACGACGACGAAGACGAAGAAGAACGAAAUAGAAGAAGGAAAAAGUUAGAGUCCUCCACGCAAACCUCAUCUGUGAAAUCGUUUCUUGCCAGCAUUCCGGCGCCGAGGAACACCGCCACUCUCGGUGUUCAAGCAAGUUCCGGCGCAGGCCGAAGAUCCAUCAUCGAAACCGAAUCACCGGCACCGGCGUCGGAUUCCGGUGGUGGUUCGAGCAAUAUUCCCAAUGUUCCCGUGGAUCAAAGUGCAGGGGAUUAUGAAAAUUACCAAUAUGCCACUGACCAAUAUGGUGGUUAUUAUGGCAAUUAUGAUGCCGGUGCCGAACCGGUGAGUUCGGGUACCGAGCCAGAGGCUGGGGUUGCUGCUUAUGGAACUAGCCAGUAUGGGAAUUAUGGUGAUGCCUAUGGUGGCUAUGGGGAUUAUGCACAGUAUGGGAAUAAUUGGGGUGACGUGUCGGAGGUGCCAGUGCCGGAACUGUCGGGGGUUGGUGACAGUGUGGUGAGGAUUCCUGGGAAGAGAGGGAGGCAUGAGGUUCCCACGGAAGUGAUUGAGGUGAAGCAAGAAGAGUUGAUUAAGAAUCGGCCAAGAGAGGAUCAGGUCAAGCUUACUGGGAUUGCUUUUGGACCCUCUUAUCAGCCUGUUUCGACAAAGGGGAAACCUUCAAAGCUGCACAAAAGGAAACAUCAAAUUGGUUCAUUGUACUUUGAUAUGAAACAAAAUGAAAUGAAACUCGCUGAGCGGCGUUCAAAGGGCAUGCUUACCAAAGCUGAAACACAAGCGAAGUAUGGAUGGUGAUUUGGGACGAUGAUCUUGGAAGUAUUCCCAUCGAAAGGUGGAUGGCAAAGCGGAAGUCUUCAUAUUUAGCUGCAGUCCUUGUGUUUGUCAAAAGAUGUGUACAUUUGAUCCGUACUCCAGUGCAAAUUAUGUAUUGCUAUCCUUUUAGUCAUUAGACAGUUUAAUAUUUUACACUACAAUUUUUUUCCUUUUUUAUGAUGAAAAAAACAUAUUUCUUUCUCUUAUUAACUGGCUUUUGAGGUCAGGUUUUAAAAUACAAAAUGUCACUUAUUCUUUAUC